GUUGCCACGUCGCUUCACAAUUCCGUCGCCUCCAGUCCGCACCGCAAAAAAAACUGGCCUCAUUUCACUAAAUUAAAAUAAAAAGUAAUUUACUGCUGUCAAACUUACUGCGGCUAUAGUGUUUGUAUCUUCAUUGGGUACCUAUAUCGAAAUAAGCUCAGCACAAUGAACGAAGAAAAGUUAAUAGGAUUAGUGCGACAUUACGUAUUCCUAUACGACACGUCCCAUCCGAAGUACAUGGAUAGCACGAAAAAAGACGCAGCGUGGAACGAAAUAUCGCAAAUAUUAAACCAACCAGCUUCCGCCUGUAAACACAAAUGGCAAGGCUUAAGAGAUGCAUACAGAAGAGCACUAAACAAAAGGAAACAGCGUGUAACCGAAAAGCCAUCUGCGAAGGUCAAGAAAUGGAAAUUCGAAGACGAGAUUUCUUAUUUAAACAGGUAUUUGUGCGAAAAGAGAAAAAUGCCUCCAAACGACGAUGAAGGUGAUCAGAACGGCGGUGACUUUGACAAUGUUUCUAACUCUGAUUUCGAGGGUAACUCUGAAUGUUAUAAGAAUGAUAAAGAAGAAAUGGAACACCCAGAGAACAUUGAACAGUACAUUGUGGCGAUGGAUCCAGCGAAUUUUGCUCAUUCACCAUCACCUAAUUCCGGUCAGAACAUGCAAAAGAAUUCUCAAAAGUGGGUUAACUCACAACCAAGCCCUUCGUCCUAUGUAACAACAAAUUAUUCAGAUGACGUUAUCAAAGAAUAUAAAGAGACCGAGAUCACACACGACCAGAUGGAUUUAUUCUUUCUAAGCUUAUCGAAUACAGUCAAAAGCUUCUCACCGUACCUACAAGCUAUAGCGAAGAACAAAAUAUUCAACCUGGUAUCCGAAUUGGAAAUACAACAGCUGACUCCGGCCAAAACCAACAAUAUUCUGCGGCCAUCAACAAUCCCGCAUACUUCUAAUUGGUCGACCCAGCAGGAGCAAAAUUCAUCGCACGUUAGCAUCAAAAUAGAAAACGCACUUCACGAUUGAA